AUGAUGCCCACGUUCUUCCAAGCGAUCUGUUCCACAUGCAUAGCUCUUGCGAUCUACACAGCAAGUCUAGCCAUUGACCGUCUCUUCCUCUCCCCGCUCGCCAAAUUUCCCGGCCCAGCGCUCGCCGCCGUAACCAGUUGGUACGAGGUAUUCUUUGAUGUCCUCCUUGGGGGCCAGUUCAUGUGGGAAAUCGACCGUCUCCAUGGAAAAUAUGGUCCUGUUGUGCGCAUCAACCCCCACGAACUCCAUAUCAAAGACCCGGACUACUACAAUACCCUCUACGCAGGCCCCACAAAGAGACGAGACAAGUACCUUUGGUUUCUAUCUGUCGGAGUUCCCACCUCGACCUUCGCCACUGCAGAAUCUGAUCACCACCGCUUGCGACGGGGGAUGAUUAGUCCCUUUCUCUCCAAGCAAGCUGUCAGGGACUGGAAGGGGGUUAUCAAGGGAAAGUUAGACUUGCUCUGUGAGCAUAUGAAAAAGGCGAUGAGGACUGGUGAGGCGGUGGAGUUGAAUGCUUCUUUCGUGUCGUUUGCUGUGGAUGUUGUUUCGACCUGUGCAUUUGGGGAGAGCGGAUGCUUCGAAGUGUUGAGGAGGGAAAGAUUAGAUGACAGAUGGAAGAAGGCCGUAAGCAGCACCUUUGCUCAACUCAUUCUUACGAGGCAUUUUCCUUGGUUAGUGGUUGUUUUUCGAUUCCUGCCCGUGUGGGUCAGUGCGCUGGUCGCUCCGGAGGUGCGGUAUAUAUAUUUUAUGGAGAAAGCGGUAGAGCACCAAAUACAAUACGUAUAUGCGAAGAGCAGGGAUGGCAUCAAGGAGAAUAGCAUUUUCUCGCAGCUUAUGCACAAUCACAAACUACCUCCGAAGGAGAGGACACUGCACAGACUGACUGAUGAGGCCAAAUUUCUGAUGUUUGCCGGCACUGAGGCUCCGUCUCAGGUUUUGGCCAUCACAAUGUUCCAUGUUGUUCGCUCUCCGCUGGUCUGUCGAGAUCUCCGUAGGGAACUGCAGGACAAGACUGAACAUCUACAACAUGAGCCUUGCUUGAGCGUGCUUGAAAACCUGCCGUAUCUGACCGCAGUCGUUAAAGAGGGCCUUCGUGUCUCUGCCGUUGUCACAUCACGUCUCCCGCGGAUUGCGCCUGACGAGAUGCUGGAGUUCAGGGACUGGAAGAUUCCCCCAGGGGUAUGGUAUUUAUCUCAUAUCAAUCUAGCGUCUGCUUUGCUGGCUGACGAGGCCUUGGACAAACGACAGACCCCAGUGAGCAUGUCCAACCACUUCAUUCUGCGGGAUCCUGCUAUAUUCCCUGAUCCACUGGUCUUUCAGCCUGGACGAUGGCUAAAACCAAGUCCUAUCGGCUUGAACCUGGACAAAUAUCUCGUGCCGUUCUCAAAGGGAAGCCAAGGAUGUUUGGGGCCAACUAUGGCUUAUGCUUGGCUCUACCUCGCCCUAGCUACAUUGCUGCGGAAAUUCGAAUUCUCUCUGUCCGAAACCACCGAAGAGAACAUUAGGACAGUCAGGGACUGUUUCAAUGGACAGACAAAACCUGGACAAAAUCGUAUCCGGGUGAAGGUGCUGAUGGAGUUUACAUAG